AUGUCCGACAGUGAGCGAAGGGCGUUACCCAAGGUACCAAAUGUCAAGUUCAACAACGGAGAAAUAUUUCCCGCCCAUGGUCUAGGAACAUGGAAGUCAAAGCCCGGUGAGGUUACCCAAGCUGUCAAAGAUGUCCUCGACAUCGGCUACCGCCACAUCGAUUGCGCCUACGUCUACGGAAGCAAACCAGAAGUAGGUGCUACCUUGAAGGGCAAACUUUCCGAUGGUAGAGUCAAACGCAAAGAUAUCUACAUCACCAGCAAACUCUGGAACAGUUUCCACAGACCCGACUUGGUAGAACCAGCAGUUAGGACUACAUUGAAGAACUUGGGUCUGGAAUACUUGGACUUGUACUUGAUUCACUGGCUUUUUGCUCUUAAGGAAGACAGAGACCUUUUCCCAGUAAAUGCCGAUGGCAGCACAGCCUACAGUGAUGGUCUACCAACCAGAUUGAAAUCCAUCCAUACUUAA